CAGAAUGGCGGACAAUAUCGACAACAACAAAUAUUUGAAAAUAUUCCGUCACGAACAUGAAAUAGCGUCAUAAAACUGUGCUUUCCUACGGAAAAGAGAUCCCUUUUUACAUAGGUUUUUAAAAUGACUAGCGAAGACGUUAAGAAAGAAUCGGAAAAAGAUGAAAAUCAGUCAAUACCCGCGUUUGGUGUGAGCGGGCAAUUCAUGAUGACUUCAGAGGAGAAAGCAAUCCCUACUGAGGACUUUAACCCCAGGAAAAUAGUCGCUUUGACCCUUGACGAUUCCCUUGCGAGGCUUUUUGAAUGCUUAACCCUUGAAUACAGCGGAAGUAUUUUGCUCACGCCAAAGUGGAAAAACUUCCGAAGUCAGAAGCUGAAAUUUGCUGAGAAGACAAGGAUAAAUAAUGCAAUUUGGAGGUCUUGGCAUAUUCAAUUUCAAGAAUGCAAGAGACCUUUGUUUUGUCAGUUUGAUAACCCUUUGACGGAAAUGGCCAAAAAACCUCGACCUGUGACAUUGAUGAUUGAAGGAAAAUACUGGAAACGAAAACUUGAAGCUGUAGCAGCGGAAUAUCAAAAAUGGAGAGUGUUUUACAAGCAAAUGGUAGAGGAUAAAUUUCAAGAUGUGACAUUGCAAAAUCAAACAGAAGAGAUUCUUCGUCUUGAUCAAGAAAUUUCAGACAAUUUACGAGAACGUGACAAGGAACGAAAAUUUUCAUUAGCAAAUCAAGCAAAUUCUGCGGGCGCUGACGUUGGUUCACCAUUGUCGUUGGUCGUAUCACAAGCUUUGGAAAUGGUCGACUCAUGCAAUCUCAUGCAAAACAUGGUAUUCUCGCUCCCCGACACGUUGUUCUCGAGUCUUGCUGAUAACGAAGCAAUGGGCAGAGUAAGAUAUGGAAAAUUCAAAGACACGGCAGACACAUAUCAACCAACCCUGGACACUCUUCAGCCAAGUUUAGAAGCGAUGACUCCGGUAUUGGACGAACUCAUUGAACAAUUAGAGUCGUCUAUGAAAGGCUCGGAACUCAACUGGGAUUUCGAUUUGACUGGAAACUACGAGACGAACAUGGGUUCGGUUCAGUCGUCGAUUGCUGGCGAUGUUGAGCCGAUGGACCACUCGGGAAGAUACCCUCAACCUUUCCCCACAGUCAGCAGUAUUCCCACCUCGAGUCACGUGAAAACCUCGUGGCCUGUUCACACAAGCUGCGUGCCAACACAUUCCAUUUAUCCCUCGAGUUCCAUGCACCAUAUCGAGGCUCAGCUACCCAUUUGGACCUCAGCACCCGUUUCCCAUCCUCAUGUUAUCGGCUACCAAACUGUCGGCAAUGUUUUACCGGGGAACUUGACCCCACAAGGACAGAAUGCCGGUGGACCCAGACCGAUGAUGAGUGUUGCCACCAGAGCAAUGGAUAUUGGUGUACCUACACAAGCUAUCACCCCGCGUCCUUACGUACCACCUGCUAACAUUAGAAAGCCACUACCGCAAAGCGCGUCCGUCAUAGAAACAGCCUCUGCUCGGUUACCUCGGAACUCUUCGGACUCCCAAUUGUACCUGCUCUCCGCUGGUGACUCAGCGUUUAAACCGCGGGCUCAUCUACCUAUUGAGCUCCAAGCCCCUAACUUAGUGGCGCAACUGAAGUUGCCAAAAACGCGUCAAAUGCUGUUUGAAGAGAAAGCGAAAAAACUUCGAAUGCCUCGGAAUAAAUCAGCCCCAGGCCUCGCCAGUUUAGACAAUACAUCCCAGCUCAAGAAACAACCGCAAACCGGUGGCGUUAGAGCUAAAAGAAUGGGGCGGAUUCCUCGUAAUCGGUCGGAUUCGGCGUUAGCAUCGUUGAUUCGGCAAAACGAACUGUCAACGAGUAGGGCCCGACGUGAUUCCGAAUCUAGUGAUUCCCCCCUCACGAUGCGGGCUUCAUCCACUACGCCUACAGGCAGGCACGACCAGAGCCCGCAAGUCUUGACCAGCCAUCGACUCUACCACCCUGAGGGUGGUGAGGAAAAGCGACAACCAUCGCAACUGGUUCACGAAAUGGUCACACAUCUCAUGAGUAAAGGAAUCUCGAUGGAUGAGAUUUUGAAUAAACUUACCAGUAUGGCGGCCGCUGGUACCGUUCCACAGGCUCAGCUCACCUCAGCUGCAAGCAAUAUGGCAAAUAUGCUACAAGAGCAACACCAACAGUUGCCCCUCAUCAAACCCUCGCCUCAUCCUGCUUCCCAUCCCCAACCCUUCCCAACCUCCCCGCUCACAUCUACAGUCACAACACCACGAGGCCGACGUAAGGCCCAAACUCCCAGAUCAAGUGUGAAGACAGAAUCGCCCGCAGUUAGUGAAAGAAGCGGUAUUCGUUCAAACAGCAGCAUUGUUGAAAACGCACUUCGUAUGUCGUCGUCGGAAUCUCGGAUCCCGAGCAUGGAGACCUCGGAUCCCGUGGUUGUGAAUUCCCAGUGGGGGGGUGUUACUACUUCACAUCAUAGCACAGCUGCGCAUACUCUUGUGCAUAUGUCAGAUCAGUUGCGUCUGAGCAACGCGGACACAUCAAUCCAGUAUCCAAUGGUUCAAUCACAGAGUUUCACCAGUGGCACACUAGGACACAACAGAGGAGCCGCCGAUACAGCAAGCCCAGAAUUUUUACCCUCAAUGGCUAGGAGUACAUCGACAACAUUCGCUGUUCAUAGUGAGGCACAGGCUCCCUCACCAUCAUCAUCAAAAACUACACUAAGCACUGAUAUAGACGGCCCGUCAGCCCCAGCACUUCAAGAUUUUCUAACGAAGCAAUCAGAAUCAAAGACUCCCUCAGGACCACUUACUAAAAUGCUACCUAAAGAAAAAUACAGGGAACAUCGCAGGAUGGUGCAUGUGUCUGCUGAGCAGAAACGAAGAGGCAAUAUCAAGAUGGGUUUCGAUCAACUGAUUGAAAUGGUUCCUUCGCUUUCCUCCCAAGAGAACACAAAAAUAAGCAAAGCAGCUGUUUUGAAGAAAUCUGUGGAUUUUAUCCUGCAAGUUCAGCAAGAGCACGAGGCUAUGAUCAAAGAAAGAGACAGAUUAAAACAAGAAAUUGAGCAACUAAACUUCGAGAUAAGCAAUUGUCAGCAACAGUUACCAGAGACAGGAGUGAUGGUGAACAACAGACAGAACCACAAUGAAAUGGAAUUGUUGUUUAAUCGCCAUAUUCAAGAUCGAACACAACAAAAUCCGAAGUUUUGGAUAUUUAGUGUUUUAAUGCGACCAAUAUUCGAAUCUUAUAACACCACGGUAACUACAGGUAGUCAAGACGAGUUCUGUAAAACCGUCCUGAAAUGGUUAAAUGAAAGCUGUUGUUUACCUAAAUUAAGACCGAGUGUCUUGGCGUCGCUUCGUGAAAUCAUUAAAAACACGACUAUUCUGUCCGAUCCUUCGAAAUUCCCUGAACAAGCACGUCUGGCGGCCAGUGCUCUUAAUUCACAAUCAGCAUUUGAAGGUCUUCCAAGGUAACAUAUGGAUAGAAACGAGGAGCUUUUGAAACCAUCCUAAGCAUCUUUAUCCUCGACUGUGAUCCUAAUUUUGUGGAUAUAACGGGUCAUAUGGAAUGUGCACUGUGGUUUUGCUCUAAGGGGCUGGAAAUAUGUCAAAACAUCUUCUAACCAUUCUCUAAGAAACUGGAUGCAAUCAAACAAAGUGUGUCGAAUAUUCUUUUGAUGUUACAACCUGGGAUAUAUUCGAUUCACUGCACACGUCAAAAUCUUUUGGCAAGUCUGAUUUGUUUGAUUACCAUUCACGAAGCUUUGGAAAAACACGUUGUUCAAACGCAUUAGGAGUUCUAUGGAUACCUCUGGUAUAAACUUAACUAAUAAUGUAACAUCUCUUAAAAAUAUUUAUAUAUUCAUGAACAAAUAAACU